UAAUGAUCCUGUCAGGAAGUAGGAGAAGAAGCUAGUUGUUUUCAUUGUUGAGUAACGUGAACACUUCAAUUUUAUAUUUCUCAACUGUCGGGUCCUGCAAACCAAGCAUAACAUUGCUAGAAAAUAACUCUCUUUUCAGAUCUUGAGCCAUUUAGAUCUGAGUUUAAGCCAACACAACACACACACUUGUGUCUGAGUUUAUCCACCAAAAUGUUGAGUGAGGGUGCGAACAAUCACUCAUCCAAAAUGUCCUUCAGAAUAACAAAAGAUGAUAGGUUUUUCUCGAGGCUAAUGGCGAAGGAAGCCACCACCCCAAACUCCUCUUCGAGGAUCUUCUAUUACGGAGAAACUUCGGUUGCUGUUCCUUUCACCUGGGAGGCACAACCUGGUACCCCCAAACACCCUUUGUCUCACACAUCUCUACCACCUCUCACACCCCCACCUUCCUAUUUUUCAAACUCACACAGUGCCAAGGGAACAACCUCCAAGCCCAACAACAUCUUCUCAACCAUUUUUCCAAGGAUUUUAGGGCAAAGAAAGUCUCAUCAUGACUCACCACCAACGUCUUCUAGGUCACCUUCUUCGUCGCCCUCGUUUUCCUUCAGAGACAAAGGAAGAAGCCCCUCCUUCUCACACCCUUUGAAACACAAAUGUUCCAAUGGGUUUAGAUGGUGCUAUCCUUUUGGGAGCAUGAUCAGGAACGUAAAUGUAAGCCAUGGUGCGGAUUAGUUAUAGUUUAAUUGAUUGUUGGAAAUUUGUUAUUCUGCAUUGUUUUAAUGUUGUAGAGAUCCUCACAAUUUAUAUAUAUAUAGUUGUGUUAAUUAGUACUUUCUCUC